UCAGUUUUGUUAUUCUGCUCGUUGCGCUCGGUCGAAGAGUGCGUUCGCAGUGCGCACUAUAAGGCAAACCAACGAAAUAUUCAUAAAAAGAAACAAAAUCAUUCGAACGCUAUUAUAAAAUAUAUUUAACAUAUUACAACUUAUGUUGUAAAGCAAAAGAAAAACACUAAUCAUAAAGUGCAAGCAAGUUGAACGCGUAUUUCACACAGUCGCAAGUUAGACUCAACUCAACUCGUCAGUUUCUUCUGUGCCUUGAGUGAGUGGUGUAUUUCUACGUGACCAAUAAGACAACGAUAAUCGACAUUUGCCAGUGCAACAAAAAAGCAGUACACAACACAUUUGUUUAUAUCAUAUUUCUAUACAAAUACUCAAAAACAAAAAAAGCAACAAAUACGAAUUUCACUUUUAAAGACGCAAAAAGAACAGCAAGAACGAACCGCACACAAGCAAACAUUUACGCUCAGGCCAUCAACGCGACGACGAGUUGUGGAGACUCGUGUCGCGUGUAAGUGUGAGUGCGUGUGAGAUUGCAUGGGAGUGUGUGAGUGAGCUCUCCCCUCUUUUUGCUUUGGCAACGAAGACGUACAGGCGAGCACAAAAAACAAUUUUAGUUCCCGCCAAAACUUUGACAGUUUGCUUAGUCGCCAAUUCGCAAACAAGUGGAAGCAAGUAGACACAGAAAGACUCAAAACAUACGACACGAGAAAAAACAAAAAAACGAAAAAAAUAAGAAAUACAUCAAUAAACCACGCAAAGAAAGUGCAACAAUAACAACAGCAUGGUCAGCGCACGAAUGCUCCAUCCAGUGGUGCUCAGCGAGUUCUGCAAGAUGAGCUACAGUCCAGCCAGUCGAUUGCAGUCGCCCUGCGUCCGCCAGUUGGACGUCAAUCGCAUCAAGCGCAAUCUGUUUGGCUCAGUGCCGCUACAGGAAAACAAACCUAGCUUCUUUAGCGCUGAGCUAGAGCUUCAGCAGGAGCGCGCCUCGCAGAAAUGGGGCUUUGAUUUUCGGGCAGAUCGCCCGCUGGCCAGCAAUGCUAGCUACAACUGGCAGCGCGUUAGUUCGCAAGAGUCGACUUUUGCCCCACAGAUGUACACCCUCACCCGUGCCGCUCAUGUGCGACCGGCGGCUGGACCGACAAGCGAUAUGGAUGCGUUGCUGAACGAUCGGGCAGAUCGUGAGAAUUCGGCAAAUUCCUCGCUGGACUCGAGCGCGGACACCGAGUAUGACUCGCAGGAUGAGUCGCUGAGUUUCAAAUGCAGCAGCAGCAGCAGCAUCAGUGUGGUCGCCUCCACGUCUGCAGCCGCAUUGAUCGCCUCCGCCUCCUCCUCCGCCACCGCCUCAACCUGCAGCUCGCCCGCGCAGCAACGGAAGCGACAGCUUAAAAUCACAGAGUUCAUGAAGGAGCGCAAGCGACUGGCUCAGGCGCCCAAAAAACUGUCACCCGCCAAACGUUUGCGUACCAGCUCCGGCAGCAGUAGCAGUAACGCGAAUGCCACCUCCGUCGGAAGCCUGCUGAAGCGCACGCGCCACAACUAAGACAUCAACACAAACGUCAAACACAACCUACACAACUUGCAAUUUGUAAUUUAAUUUUGAUUUUUUACAACACUGCAAAGGGCAACAUACGUAUUUUUUUACAAACACGAUUCACGAAACGAAACACACCAAUACAUUUCUAUAGCGUAAAUUUUAAGUAGUUUUCACAUUGCAUUUUUUUACAUAUACAAAAUUAACUACUCAUUUUUGUGCAGUGCAAGGGCGAAAGUUGCGAAUAUUAACAUAUAGUUUAACUAGUUUAUAUGCCAGUUACUACAACCAGUACUAGUACUAGAACAAAAUAGAUUCUAAGCAUUAGCCAAGUAGCUACAUCGAGCUAUAUGAAACUUAUUAGAUUUCUCUAGUGAGAAAUGCCAUAAACUAAGUGAUUAGUUCUUAACAACUACAACACCAGCUAAAUCAACAUUAAGAACAAUAGGAAAUCGAGAUAACGUUAAUCUAAAUUGUAAAGAAAAUCAGAAAAUCUUGAGACAUCUUUAAUGAAAGCCACAUUUGAAUACCAUCCUUAACCAUGAAUUAUCUAACUUAACUAAACUAAAUUGUAAAUCCAACCUGUUAAAUUUUACCAGCAACCUACGAGUUCCUUGUAAAUUUUGCAAUUCAAAACUUGACGUAGUUCUGCGUUCCUUGAAAAUUCUUUAUACUCAUUUGUUUAUAUAUGAACAUUUGAUUGAAUGCAGAGUUAUGUUGAUUUUUGUUCCUUUAACCAAAGCAAUCACUAAAACUCACAAUUAUAAUUAUAGUUUAAUUAGUAAUUAUAAUUGUUUUUGUUUUUGUGGCUGUGACUGUGAACAAAGUCCUUAAAUUCGACCAGUGUAAUAAUAUUUACAAAUUAAGUCUAUCUCCUUUGCUAAUUUGUGAGCUUUUGCAGAUUCUUAAUUUGGUAUUUGCAAAAUCUCAUGAAUUUGCCAUUACUCAAUUGUAAACUUUAUAUAAAAUUAAUUUCUAUCCGUUGCCAAAUUGUUUGGCAAAAGAUGAAUGAGAUUUUGCUUAACUCUAAUGUACAAAUGCUAUGAAUACUAAAUAUAUAUUCAUAUAUAUGUAUUCACAUAUAUAUACUUAUAUAUAUCAACUAUUAUAUAACUAGGCAGAGCCUAUAUUAUUGAAUAACACUUACACUGAUCAUCCUACUUCAUAAGUCUAGCAUAUAGAAAAAAUCCAAAGUAUUUAUAUCUAAUGCAUAUUGUGUUUAUAACCCCACUCAUACUUCAAUAAAACAAGAAAACAAAAAA